GUGCCUCCCUCCACAGGAGCGACAGUGACAACGAGGGAGACAACCCCGAGAAGAAGAAGCUGCAAGAGCAGCUGAUGGGGGCCGUGGUGAUGGAGAAGCCCAACGUGCGGUGGGGUGACGUGGCUGGCCUGGAGGGGGCCAAGGAGGCCCUGAAAGAAGCUGUCAUUCUGCCCAUCAAGUUUCCACACCUGUUCACAGGCAAGCGCACCCCGUGGCGAGGGAUCCUCCUUUUCGGCCCUCCUGGCACGGGGAAGUCCUACUUGGCCAAGGCCGUAGCGACCGAGGCUGGCAACUCCACCUUCUUCUCCAUCUCCUCCUCCGACCUGGUGUCCAAGUGGCUGGGGGAGAGCGAAAAGCUGGUGAAGAACCUGUUUGAGCUGGCCCGGCAGCAUAAGCCCUCCAUCAUCUUCAUAGACGAGGUGGACUCCUUGUGUGGCUCUCGCAAUGAGAACGAAAGCGAAGCCGCCCGCAGGAUCAAGACGGAAUUUCUAGUGCAGAUGCAGG